CUAGCUCCGCUCUGCGCCUGCCUUUCUGGUCCCAGCGCCCCAGGAUCCCGUGGGCCAUGUCUGCGUGGGAGUCGUACUACAAACACGAAGGAGCCGAGGAGGAGGAGGAGGAGCAGGAGGAGGGGGCCGAAACGGAAGGAAACUAUAAGUAUUCAGGCCGGGACAGUUUGAUUUUCUUAGUCGAUGCCUCCAAAGCUAUGUUUGAGCCCCAGGAUGAAGGUCCAAGAACUUCUUUUGAUCUAACCAUCCAGUGCAUCCAGAGUGUAUACAGCAGCAAGAUCAUUAGCAGCGACCGAGACCUCUUGGCCGUGGUCUUCUACGGGACGGACAGAGCCAAGAACUCGGUGAACUUCAGAAACGUCUACGUCCUCCAUGAGCUGGAUAGCCCAGGUGCGAAAAGAAUACUUGAACUUGACCGGUUUAAGGGAGAACAAGGAGAGAAAAAUUUCCAGGAGCUGAUUGGCCACGGCCUAGACUAUUCCCUGAGCGAGGCCCUGUGGGUCUGCGCCAACCUCUUCAGCGGGGUCCGGCUCAAAAUGAGCCACAAGCGAAUCAUGCUGUUCACCAAUGAGGACGACCCCCACGGCAAUGACAGUGCCAAAGCCAGUCGGGCCAGAACCAAAGCCAGUGAUCUCCGUGACACAGGUAUCUUCCUCGAUCUCAUGAACCUGAAGAAGCCCGGGGGGUUUGACGUUUCCUUGUUCUACAGGGACCUCAUCACCCCAGCCGAGGGCGAGGACCUCGGGGUUCACUUUGAAGAGUCAGGAAGGCUGGAAGACCUCCUGAGGAAGGUUCGGGCCAAGGAGACCAGGAAGCGCUCUCUGGCCAGGCUGAAGUUCAAACUGGGCAAGGACGUGGCCCUUACGGUCAGCAUUUUUAACCUGGUCCAAAAGGCCUACAAGCCUCUUCCCAUCCGGCUUUACCGGGAAACAAAUGAGCAGGUGAAGACCAAGACGCGAACGUUUAGUGUUGAGACGGGUAGCUUGCUCCUGCCCAGCGACACCAAGAGGUCUCAGGUGUAUGGAGGCCGCCCCAUCGUGAUGGAGAAGGCCGAGACGGAGGAGCUGAGGAGGUUCGACGAGCCAGGCUUGGUUCUGAUAGGCUUCAAGCCUCUCUUUCUGCUCAAGCAGCACCACUUCCUGAGGCCUUCCCUGUUCGUGUACCCGGAGGAAUCCCUCAUCCACGGAAGUACAACACUGUUCAGUGCUUUACUCACCAAGUGCCUGGAGAAGGGGGUGCUGGCCCUGUGCAGAUACACCCCCCGCCAGAACAGCCCCCCGUACUUCGUGGCCCUGGUGCCUCAGGAGGAGGAGCUGGAUGCCCAGAGAGUUCAGGUGACCCCUCCAGGCUUCCAGCUCGUCUUCUUGCCCUAUGCCGACGACAAGCGGAAGGUGCCCACGACGGAGAAAGUCCCGGCCAGCCCGGAGCAGGUGGACAAGAUGAAGGUGAUCGUGCAGAGGCUCCGCUUCAAGUACCGGAGCGACAGCUUCGAGAACCCCGUCCUGCAGCAGCACUUCCGGAACUUGGAGGCCCUGGCCCUGGACCUGACGGAGCCCGAGCACGCCCCGGACCUGACCCUGCCCAAAGUGGAAGCGAUGGAUCUCAGACUGGGCAGCCUGGUGGAGGAGUUUAAGGAGCUCGUCUACCCCCCUGACUAUGACCCCGAGAGGAAGGCGGUGAAGAGGAAGCAAGCUACAGAUGGAGGGGGUCCUGGAGACAAACAGCCCAAGCUCGAGCUGUCUCAAGAGGAGCUCAAGGCCCACGCUGAGAAGGGCACCCUGGGCAAGCUCACCGUGCCCGUCCUCAGGGAAGCCUGCCGGCUGUGCGGGCUCAAGCCCAGCAGCACCAAGAAGCAGGAGCUCUUGGACCUGCUCCAGGAGCAUUUCCAGAAGCCCUGACGGGGAGGCCCGCUUCCCCUCCCUCCUACCUGCCCCUCCUCAAGUUACCAAUAAAGAGAACUGCUUCCUUA